AAGCGGAAGAAGGGAAGCAGAACAGCGGAGCUGUGUAGUCUCGAAGAAUACUCUGAGCUACUGAUCCAAAAGAAAAGGAAAAGGAUGAGCGGUGGAGGCAGUCGCCGCGGUGGUGGCGGGGAAGGAGACAUUCAUGCGGCGGCGAGGUCCGGUGAUCUUACUGCACUUCAGUUACUCCUCGGCUCAAAUCCGCUGGCUGUUAACACUAGAGAUAAGCACUCUAGAACCCCCUUGCAUUUGGCAGCAUGGGCAGGGCAUGCACAGGUAGUAAGUUAUCUCUGCAAGCAUAAGGCUGAUGUUGGUGCUGCUGCCAUGGAUGACAUGGGAGCAAUUCACUUUGCGGCCCAAAAGGGUCAUUUAGAGGCUGUCCGCAGUUUGGUUCAAUCAGGAGCUUCCAUCAAAGCAUUCACGAGAAAGGGACUUACUCCACUCCACUACGCUGUCCAAGGUUCACACCUGGAGCUAGUCAAGUAUUUGAUUAAAAAAGGUGCAGACCUUAACGUGAAGACGAAGGCUGGAAGGACCCCUCUAGAUAUUGCGGAAAAAGAGGAUAUACGCUUGUUCCUCGAAGAAUCCGAACGUUCCUCAAAGACAGAGAACACAAAUCCUAAAAUGAAGGCUGGUGGCCAGUCAGAUUCCGAGCCAUUGGCUGAAAAGGAUAAACCAGACGAAUCCAAUCCCGAAGCUGCUGCUGCUGCUGCCAGUGAGCAAGAUGAGGAGGGGCAAGAAGAAGGGGUUAAGAGGAAAGUUGAACCCGAGGGAGAUAAAGGGGAAGCUGCAGUGCAUCCUGUGACAAAACGCCCGCGAGUAGCACUUAACCAUCUUCUCACUGCGGAUGACACCGAAGAAGAGGAGACCUAGCGAGGAUGAACAAUACUGAAAGGAGGAGUGCAGAAAAGCGAAAUCUUAUCAGCUAACAUCUCAAACUAGCACUACUUUGUUAAUUUUGUUUGUAGCGAGCUUGACUCUGACCUUUCAGAGUGCUUUUGGAAUCUGCUUGUUAAACUCUGAUGUUCCACAGUACUGGAACUUGUGGAAGCAUUUACCGGAAGGUUCCGAAAGGAAGGGACGAGUUGUAUUAUCAGGCAAUGGAUCUCCAUUAAUUGCUUUUCGAGCGUUGACAAUGUUACUAUCUAUGUCGUAUGUGAGUUUAUCGGAGGUUAUAUCAAACAAGUUUGUAAUAAGGGUUUUGGUGAUACGAUUGUGGUUUAACUUUGUAAAAUAGAUUUUGGAAUAGAUUUUUUUGUACGAACAAUAAUAUGCUACCGUAUCGGAAGAAUACUA